GCUGAUGACGCUCAGCAGGUGAAAGGCGCGGGAGUGGGAGAGAGGAGGUCAAGGGUCGCGGGGUGGGGUCGGGAGUGUCAGGCGAGGUGGGACCAGAGACCGGGUCUGCAGCUCGGAACGCUUCGGGACGCACGUAGCUGGGGAGGACCCCCGAGCUGCAGCGCGCGGUCUGGUGUCCGGAGCCCCCGAACCGCUCUCCCGGGGUGGGGCGGGACGCCACCGGUUGCCAAGGCUCGGGGACGGCGGCCCAGCGGUUGCUCCAAUCACCGCCCGGCCCGAGGAACGGGGCGUGGACCCGGGGAAAAGUUCCUGCGGAUCCCGAAGGCGGGGCGCGGGGGAGGGCGCCUCACCCUGCCCUGCCGGGUAGUGGGGUUCCCAGUCCCCGCGGGGCCGCUGCUGCUUCCCGGUCGAGAGCGCGGGCGCCGAGGGAACCCACCCGGACCCCCCAGCCGGCCAUGGUGCCGCCGGGGCUCCUCGUGACUGGCGCCUCCUUCCUAGCGUUCCGGGGGCUGCACUGGGGGCUGCGGCUGCUGCCCACGCCGGGACCCGCGGCUCCGGACAGCUGGCGGUGGCGGAACCUCUGCGUGUCCCUGGUUCACAGCCUGCUCUCGGGGAUCGCGGCGCUGCUCGGGCUGAUCCUGCACCCUCAGAUGGCCGCCGACCCCAUCCAGAGCCACCCGCGCUGGGCCCUGGUGCUGGUAGCGGUGUCUGUAGGUUAUUUCCUGGCCGAUGGAGCUGACCUGCUGUGGAACCAGCCCCUGGGCAAGACCUGGGAUCUCCUCUGUCAUCACUUGGUGGUGGUGAGCUGCCUCAGCACUGCUGUUCUGUCUGGCCAGUACGUGGGCUUCUCCAUGGUGUCUCUGCUCCUGGAGCUGAACUCUGCCUGCUUGCACCUGCGGAAGCUUCUGCUGCUUUCUGGCCAGGCCCCGUCCCUGGCCUUCAGCGUGACCAGCUGGGCCUCCUUGGCCACCCUGGCCCUCUUCCGCCUGGUGCCGCUGGGGUGGAUGAGUCUGUGGCUGCUCCGGCAGCGCCACCAGGUUCCUCUUGCUCUGGUCAUCCUGGGUGGAGUUGGGCUGGCCACUGUGGGUGUCAUGAGCACCAUACUGGGUAUCCGCAUCCUCGUCAGUGACGUUCUGCGGUUUCGACCCCGUCCGUCCAUCCUUGGGCACGAGAAAACCAGGAAGACCAGGACAUGUGGUGACGAUGGACCCAUCACCAGGGACAGUUCCACUAUCAACCUGAAAGACUAGAGAGAAGCCAUGGCCUCUCCAUGGGGGAGAUGAGGCCAGGGCCAGGCCCAGGAGAUGACGGUCUUCAGUACACAGUCCCCAUCAGGGUGAGGCACGCUGACUAUCCGCAUCUCAGUGUGUCUUCCAGCUAACUCACAACCCUUCCCCUUCCUAGGAUCUAAGAAGAAAUGCUGAUGUUGGGCCAGGUGUGGUGGCUCACACCUGUAAUCCCAUCACUGUGGGAGGCUG